AUUAACAGUACAAAAUCGUUUUUUGUGUGAGAAGCUGCAGGUGCAUUUGGCCCGCAAUCCAAAAAAUUUUAUUUUAUUUUAUGUGUUUUGACGACCGGCCGUGCUAAAAUGGUUUUGGAUAUAGAAAAAGGAAUUCACUCAUCCAAUCGGAAUGAGCAUGUUGAUAGUGGUGAUGAUGGCAUAACAACGUACGUGGAGAAUACUCCUCCGGAUGAACAGCAAUACAAGUGUUACAUUUGCAAGCAAUCAUUUUGGCUGAAACGCGAUCUAUUCAAGCACAAGCACAUGAGUACUCGUUGCAACAGAGAUGUUUCACCGGUGCAUGAAAUACCACCACAUCGAAGAAACCCGGAUGCUAAGCAGUCGGGAAGUACAGCACGAAAGAAAAAGGUGGGCGAUUCAAAGCACGAUAAGAAAGAUGACGGAAAGGGUUGUGCUCGAAACGUAGAAAGCAGUACCUCUUCAUCAAAAAGCUCGCCAAACAUUCGACGACAAUCGAAAACUUACUCCUGUCCGGAGUGUUACAGAGAAUUCAAUGGAAAGGGUGAUUUGACCAAGCAUUUAAGGAUACAUAGUGGUGAAAAGCCGUUCGAGUGUGGGGUUUGUAAGAAAGGUUUCAGCCAAUCUAGCUCUAUGACCCGCCAUCUUCGAAACCAUAAUGGUGAAAAGCCGUACGAGUGUGGGGUUUGUAAGAAGGCUUUCGGUCGAAGUCACCAUUUGAUCGACCAUCUCCGGAUUCAUACUGGGGAAAAGCCGUUCGAGUGUGGAGUUUGUAAGAAAGCUUUUCGUCGUACACAGCAUUUGACCAGCCAUCUUCGGAUUCAUACUGGGGAAAAGCCGUACGAGUGCGGGGUUUGUGACAAAGCAUUCAAUCAAUCUAACAGUUUGACCAGCCAUCUUCGGAUUCAUACUGGUGAAAAGCCGUUCGAGUGUAAAGUUUGUAAGAAAGCUUUCGGUCGAAGUCACGAUUUGACCCGCCAUCUCCGGAUUCAUAAUGGGGAGAAGCCGUUUGAGUGCGGAGUUUGUAAGAAAGCUUUCAGUCAAUCUAGCACUUUGACCAGCCAUCUUCGGAUUCAUACUGGUGAAAAGCCGUUCGAGUGUGGGGUUUGUAAGAGAGCUUUCGGUCGAAGCCACCAUUUGAUCGACCAUCUCCGAACUCAUACUGGGGAGCAGCCGUACGAGUGCGGGGUUUGUAAGAAAGCUUUUCGUCGUACACAGAAUUUGACCAGCCAUCUCCUGAUCCAUACUGGGGAAAAGCCGUACGAGUGCGGGGUUUGUGACAAAGCUUUCAUUGAACGUACUGAUUUGACCAGCCAUCUUCGGAUUCAUACUGGUGAAAAGCCGUUCGAGUGUAAAGUUUGUAAGAAAGCUUUCGGUCGAAGUCACGAUUUGACCCGCCAUCUCCGGAUUCAUAAUGGUGAAAAACCAUUUGCAUGCGACAUUUGCAAAAAAACAUUUCGACAAAAGGUGCACAUACGGAGACACAUGAACAUUCACAUUCCAAACGGUAAAAGAACUUACAAGUGCAAGGUGUGCAAGAAAGUGUUCCACCAGCGACACAUUCUGUCCGAGCAUCGUAAAGACCAUGAAGCAGAAAAUUAAUCGAGAAGUCGCAGAGAGUUCGUGACUGUUUCGAGUAGGUUCGAGACAAUUCAUUUGUGAUUGAGAGCAGUUUGGAACGAAGGACCUGCCGGUUCGUCUUUUUUAAAGUGUUCUGGUUGAAGUUGAUUGGAUUUCUGUUUUCAAAUAAAUUUUUGAAGUAAAAAAAAUCUUUCGGGGUC